UCCAGGAUUCUGCAAGGAAGCAUCACCACAUCUCCCUCUCAUUUCUGUUUAUCUCCUCUUGUUCUCCAAAGAAAUGAUCAUUCUCUCUCCAUCUAUCCCUUUUUCUCAUCCUUCUUUUGCAAGAAGAAGCACUUUGCUGCAAAGUUGCUUCUGGUUAUAUUACUCUGUCCUGAAGCAAAUUAAAGAUUUUGAGGCUCUCUCGAGCACAAUAACGAAAUCAUAUCUUAUUUCGUUCUCGCCAGGAGAUUGAUGUACAGAUCCGAGGAGCCAAAACAUUCAAGUGCUUUUUCUAUUUCUGUUUUCUCCAUAGUCCUUACCAGGUAAAACAUCAUGGCUUCUGACUGAUCACAAAGAGAAAAAUUAAUGGAUUUUCUGGUGAACCACUUCCAUGGUCCUGUGAAACGUCGAUUUGAAGAAACUUUCUACCUUGAGGAAAACUUUGAAGAACUCGGGAGGGAAGAAAAGCAACUCUUAAAUAAGAAAGCACGUAUUGAAAGCAAGAUAAAUGAAGACACGGUGACAAGAAGGCCAGCUCCCGAAACUUCACAAUGGCUUGAUGAUGUACAACGUUUUGAAACUGAACAGAAGACAUUGUGUGACAAGAUUGGAGAAUACAAAAGACUCCCCAGAAAAUGGAUCCGCUUUCCGCAACGAGUACGGCUAGGCUGGCGUAUAGCAACUCAGAGAAAUGAGAUUGCUAGGCUCAAGGAGGAAGCCAAGUUCGAGGAUGGUGUAACUGUUGAUGCACCUCCACAGACAGUUGAGCCAAUAUCUGCACCACCAAUGAGAAGUGGGACUUCAACCGAGCGUACCGUACUAAAGAUAUUGGAAUGCCUUACAAAUGAGAGAUUUUGGAAGAUUGGAGUGUGGGGAACGAAAGGGGUGGGUAAGACUACAGUAGUUAAGAUGUUGAAUAAUUUGCCAGAAAUUAGAAAUAUGUUUGAAAUCGUUAUCUGGGUAACAGUGUCUAAUGAUGGGGAUGUGAGACAGAUACAAAAUCAAAUUGCUGGACGAUUGAAUUUGGAGCUGAAUCCUUGCAAUAAUGGUGAGGAGUUUUAUGGUGGAACUGUGAGAAGGCAGAUACUAAGAAAGUUGGAGAAUGAGAAGUGGCUGCUAAUCUUGGAUGAUAUGAGUAAAAAAAUCGACUUAGAAGCUGUUGGGAUCCCCACAUACAACAGAGGAAAUGGAUCUAAGAUUGUAUUAACAACUGAAUCCCAAAAUGUCUGCAACAAAAUGGAAACUGAUGAAGAGAUCGAGGUGGGUGUCUUGGCCAAUGAAGAGUCAUGGGAGCUGUUUCGAGAAGUAGUUGCUGAUGAAGUUGUGGAUUCUCCUGAGAUAGAAAGCAUAGCUAGACAGAUAGUUGAAAAAUGCAGAGGCUUGCCGCUUACCAUCAAGGAGACUGGAAGGUAUUUGAGAAAGCAAAGGAACACUCAGGUGUGGAGAAAUGCACUGAAUGAGCUGGAUUCAGCCUAGUUAGAAUGUAUACUGGAGUUACAACUAAUUAAUCAAGCAUCGUUUUGGUCAAUUAAUUCAUAGUUCAUAGAUAGGUCUUUAGAAUUAGGCAAACACAAGGAGGCAUGAUAAUAUAUUUCCUUGUCAUUGUUGGACAUUUUUCCUUUUUAUUUUGUAAAACAGAAAAUGGGUUUGAGGCUACAAGUUUACAUCUACUGCAACCACGUAAGAACAGGUCAAUGGUAUUUUUACUUGAAAAUUAA